AGUUCAUGAAUCCAACUCUUUUUCUUUCUCCUAUAUAAACCCCUCCACUGCUUCCAUUUUCUCACUCACCAAACACAUAAUUUUCCCACUUCUAAAUUACAAAAAUGCCUACUUCUUCCACUACAGUCAUCUCAAAAUGCACCGUUUAUCCAGACCAAGAAUCCCCCGACGUCGGAACCCUAAAACUCUCCGUCUCCGAUCUUCCUAUGCUCUCUUGUCAGUACAUCCAAAAAGGCGUUCUCCUCUCUUAUCCACCGUACCCCUUCGAUGAACUCAUCACAUUUCUAAAACGCUCUCUCUCUACUACCCUAUCGUUCUUCCCUCCUCUCGCCGGCCGUCUCCAGACGGACGCCGACGGCCAUGUUCAUAUACUCUGCAAUUCUGCCGGAGUUGAGUUUCUCCAUGCUGAAGCUAGACAUAUCUCUUCUCAACGCAUUCUUUCUCCAAGUGAUGACGUGCCUGAUUAUGUUAAAGAAUUGUUUACUUUUGAUUAUACCCUGAGCUACUCUGGCCAUUAUAAGCCGUUAAUGGCGGUGCAGGUGACGGAGCUAGGUGACGGUGCUUUUAUUGGCUGUACUAUAAACCAUGCAGUUACUGAUGGUACGUCGUUUUGGCAUUUUUUUAAUACUUUUGCUGAAAUUUGUAAAGGCGGCGCCGACUUCUUGAAAAUCAGUAAGUCACCAGAUUUUAGCCGCGACACCGUUUUUAACUCUCCGGCUGUGCUCAAAUUCCCAGCCGGUGGUCCCAAAGCUACGUUCUCCGGCGAUGUACAAUUGCGUGAAAGGAUUUUUCACUUCAGUAGAGAAGCUAUUCUUAAACUGAAGUCCAAAGCUAACGGCAAUAAUUUAGUUGAAAUACUUGGGAAACAAAAAAACGACGGUUGGAAAAUCGUCGCUAAUAAUGGUGAUCAAACCAAUAAAAAUAACAACAAAACGGCAGAAAUUUCGUCGUUUCAAUCAUUAUGUGCACAGCUAUGGAAGUCAGUUACACGCGCGAGGAAUCUCUCUCCACUAAAAACGACGACGUUUCGGAUGGCUGUGAAUUGCCGUCACAGGCUAGAGCCGCGGCUACAUCCUUACUAUUUUGGCAACGCAAUACAAAGCAUCCCGACCGUUGCUUCAAUCGGGGAGCUUCUAUCAAGUGAUCUAAAGUGGGGUGCAGAUUUGUUACACAAAAACGUGGUCGCACACGACGAUAAUACAGUGCGGAAGGGUGUAGCGGACUGGGAAAGGGAGCCAAGGCUAUUUCCAUUGGGGAACUUUGAUGGUGCAUCAAUCACCAUGGGAAGCUCCCCUAGAUUCCCAAUGUACGAUAAUGAUUUCGGGUGGGGCCGGCCUUUGGCGAUAAGAAGUGGUAGGGCCAACAAAUUUGAUGGGAAGAUCUCAGCCUUUCCUGGACGAGAUGGAAAUGGGACCGUUGAUUUGGAAAUAGUGUUGGCUCCUGAGACGAUGGAUGAGCUUCUAAAGGAUGAUGAAUUCAUGCAGUAUGUAAGUUAAUCUGUGUGAGUGUAUUACACCGUAGUAUGAGUGGGGCCAGUCAACGUUUAAUGAUAAGAAAAUUGGACAAGGUACAUGGAAAAUGUUGGGGUUUGAUGAUGUAGCUGUCAAAAUCAAUGGUGGUCAAAUGUGGUGGUGAUUUGGAUGGCUGUGAUUUAGUAUGAUUUUUUGCUUUUUUUUUAGUUAAUUGUUUUAAAUAAUGUUUUAGAUUCAUAUAUAUAUUAGAGAGAGGAUAAUAGGCAAAACAGCAACCCCACCCACUUGGGCUGUUUGGUCAAGUAGUGUGUGUUGUGUGUAAAAUGCAAGACAUUGUACAUGGGGCAAUUUUUCUAUUUUUAUAACAAAAAUAGGCUUUUCCAAUUAAAAAUAUUAUGAUAGUUUUUAAUUCCA